AUGCCAAGGACUGCAUUUCAGGUCGCAGCUCCGCAGGAGCCUGCUAGCAACGAGGAUCCCUUCAAUUUUCUACGACCCAGAGGCGGCGACAGUUCGUACGGCUUCGGUGAGGAUGACGACGCUCCCCCCUCUGCCCAGCCUCAGCCUUUGCGCCGGAGGGCAGCUGCAAACCAGUCCCGCGGUCGCAGUACAAACUCCGAAUUCCAGCCCGGAGCCAUCGUCCGGGUCAAGAUGAAAAACUUUGUGACUUAUGAAGAAGCCGAAUUUUAUCUCGGCCCAAACCUCAAUAUGAUCAUCGGCCCCAACGGCACCGGCAAGAGCUCCCUCGUGUGUGCUAUCUGCCUAGGAUUGGGCUUUCCUCCGAGUGUUCUGGGUAGAGCCACUACUUUCAGCGAGUUUGUCAAACACGGCCACGAAGAAGCAGAAAUCGAGAUCGAGUUGCAACGAAAACCAGAAGAUCCCGAGAAUUACGUGGUUGGACUCUGCAUUCGCGCAGAAAAUAACUCCCGCCAGUUCUCCAUCGGUGGCAGAAAGGUGUCUCACAAAGACGUGCAGCAGCUCAUGCACUCGCUUAGAAUCCAAGUCGAUAACCUUUGCCAGUUCCUGCCACAGGACCGAGUUGCUGAGUUUGCCGGCCUUACUCCUGCUGAACUCCUGGAGAAAACCCUCCAUGCCACGGCUCCGGAAGAAAUGAUCGACCAGCAGAAGCAGCUAAAGGAGCUGUUUAAGGCUCAAAAAGAGACUCGAGAUCAAGGGGAGAGUGCGCGCACAGAGCUCCGGAAGCUGCAGGCGCGUCAGCAGGUCUUGGAGGCUGACGUGCAGAGGUUGAGGGAACGGGACCAAAUUCAAAAAAAGAUCAACGAUCUUAGCAAGCUGAUGCCCCUCGUCAAAUACUGGGACGCGCGCCGGAAGUAUAAAGAAGCCAACAAUAUCAGGAAAGAGGCCGAGCGCAAGCUGAAACGUCUCGAACUAAGUGUUGCGCCCGCCCUAGAAGCAGUUAACAAAAAGCAGAAAUAUUUUUUGCGGAUGAAGGAAGUCGUCAAGCAUCAUCAACAUCGCCUGCAGGAAGCGGACAAGUCUGCCAAUGAAGCCCUUGAAGACGUCGAAAAGGCUGAUACCGCUGUCAAGAAUUUCAGUAGACAGCUGGAGGCUGAAGAUAAAAAAAUGAUCACCAAAAAAGAAGAACUGAGAAAAGUUAGGCAGAAGAUCAGCCAGCUGGAGGAGAAGUAUAAACAACCUCCUCGGCCAUUUAAUGCCGAGGAUUUCAACUUAAGAAUUAGAGAAAAACGACACGAACUUCGGGAGAAGGACGAGGAGGUUGCUGAGGCUAAUGACGAAUACCAGAAAUUUAAAGCUUCCUACACAACAGCAAAUGCCGAUCUGAGCAAGGCGAAAGCAGAUCUCCAGUCCUUGGAAUCAAAAGAAGGGCAGGCUCUUAAGCAGCUGUGGAGACUGAACUCGGAUGUCGCACGAGUUUGGGAGUGGUUGAAGGACAACCAAAAGGAGUUCUCCCAGGAGGUCUUCGGUCCUCCCUUUCUCACAUGCUCGGUGAAGGACCCUCGGUAUUCUGACUUGAUUCAGGCGGUACUCCAGCAGGACGAUUUCUUUUGCUUUACAACACAAAACACGCGAGAUCUCAAGAGGUUGAAUCAUCAGAUCUACAAAGAGCUCAAGGUGUCGGCUGCAGUCCGGGCCUCCGAAAGGCCACUGAGUUCCUACCAGCCCCCCAUCCCGAGGGAGCAGUUGGCCGAGAUGGGAUUCGAUGGUUAUAUCCUCGACUUUCUGGAAGGACCCGAGCCGGUCCUCGCCAUGUUGUGCGCUAAUCGGAACAUUCACGCCUCUUUAGUCUCCGUGAAGGAUAUAACCGACGACCAAGCUGAACAAGCGCGACAAAACCCAAGAAUAGGGCAAUUUGUCGUUGGACGACGAUGUUAUAGAACUACCCGCAGACCGGACCUCGGUCCAUCGGCCGUAUCCACGCGCGUGACGGUGGUACAGAAGGGUAGGUAUUGGACGGAUCAGCCCGUGGAUGAGGGAGAAAAGGCGGGGGUGCAGCGGCGUAUCAAUGAACUGGAACAACAACUCGCCGAAUUCGAAACCCAGACAAAGGCCGCCUUCUCCAAGUUGAAGCAGCUGCGCAUCGAGCGCGGCGAUAUCGACAAGGCGAUAGAAGAGAUUGAGGCGAAAAAGAGAGAGCUACAAGAAGAAACGACACAAUGGCAAUCGUUGCCAACGCAAAUUGAGAACGAAAAGGUGAACCUCGAGAGGGUAAAACGGGCUCUUGCAGACUGCCGAGAUCGCAAGGAGAGCAUUCAGAGAGACAUCGAGCAAGCCACCCUCAACAGGGCCAAGGCGGUUCUCAAGCACCACGCCAAGCUGUCUGCAUUGCGGCAAGCAUGGCACGACCUGCUGGAGGCCCGUCUCAUCUCGCUCGAGGCAGAAUCCGAAUUUGCCGCCCUCGACGCGAAGAACGCUGAAAUCAAGAAGCGGCUGGAAGAAGAAAGGGAAACUCUCCGCGAGGCGAGGGAAGCAGCAGCAAAGGCUAAAGAGGUCGCUUCUAACCUCUUGGAAGAGGUAAAAAGAGUCAUGUCGGAGGGGAACCAGGAGGAUCUAGGCCGGAGAGCGGAGGGCGUGACGAUCGAACAGCUCGAGAACGCCAUCGAGGCCGAGAGGACCAAGCUCGAAGUCAUCCAGGCCAGUAACCCGGCCGCGCUUGAAGAGUACCAGGCCUACGAGCAGCGCAUCCAGAACAUGACCAAGACCCUAGCCACCCAGGAGCAGCGCCUCACCGAGCUUACCCAGCAGAUCAAAGACAUAAUGAGCGAAUGGGAACCUCGUCUCGACGAGCUGGUCGGUCGCAUCAACGACGCCUUCAGCUACAACUUCGAGCAGAUCUCUUGCGCGGGCGAGGUCAGCGUGUACAAGGACGAGGACUUUGAUAAAUGGGCUAUUGAUAUCAAGGUUCGCUUCCGGCCUGGGGAAACCCUGCAACGCCUGGACCAGCACCGCCAAUCCGGCGGCGAGCGCGCAGUCUCAACCAUCUUCUACCUCAUGGCUUUGCAGUCUAUGGCGCAGGCGCCGUUCCGCGUAGUCGAUGAGAUCAACCAGGGCAUGGAUCCGCGCAACGAGAGGAUGGUGCAUGAGCGUAUGGUGGAGGUCGCGUGUCGGGAGCAUACGAGUCAGUAUCUACUUAUCACGCCGAAGCUAUUAUCGGGGUUGCGGUAUGAUGAACGGAUGCGGGUGCAUACGAUCGUUAGUGGCGAGCAUGUGGAUGAGAGGGGGACUGAGUUGAUGAACUUUGGGAAGUUUGCGGAUAUUCAGAAGAGGCUGAUGAGGCGGUCGUAG